AUGGGCCGCACUCACUACACCUACAUCACAAAGGCAAGAAGUCAGAGUGACAAAAACGACAACAGUGACAACAGUGACAACAACGACAACAGUGACAACAGUGACAACAACGACAACAGUGACAACAGUGACAACAACAACAACAGUGACAACAGUGACAACAGUGACAACAACGACAACAGUGACAACAGUGACAACAACGACAACAGUGACAACAGCGACAACAACGACAACAGUGACAACAGUGACAACAGUGACAACAGUGACAACAACGACAACAGUGACAACAGUGACAACAACGACAACAGUGACAACAGUGACAACAACAACAACAGUGACAACAGUGACAACAGUGACAACAACGACAACAGUGACAACAGUGACAACAACGACAACAGUGACAACAGCGACAACAACGACAACAGUGACAACAGUGACAACAGUGACAACAACGACAACAGUGACAACAGUGACAACAACGACAACAGUGACAACAGUGACAACAGUGACAACAGAGACAACAACGACAACAGUGACAACAGUGACAACAACGACAACAGUGACAACAGUGACAACAACAGUGACAACAACAACAACAGUGACAACAGUGACAACAACGACAACAGUGACAACAGUGACAACAGUGACAACAACGACAACAGUGACAACAGUGACAACAGUGACAACAACGACAACAGUGACAACAGUGACAAAAACGACAACAGUGACAACAGUGACAACAGUGACAACAACGACAACAGUGACAACAGUGACAACAACAACAACAGUGACAACAGUGACAACAACGACAACAGUGACAACAGUGACAACAGUGACAACAACGACAACAGUGACAACAGUGACAACAGUGACAACAACGACAACAGUGACAACAGUGACAACAACGACAACAGUGACAACAGUGACAACAGUGACAACAACGACAACAGUGACAACAGUGACAACAACGACAACAGUGACAACAGUGACAACAGUGACAACAGUGACAACAGUGACAACAGUGACAACAACGACAACAGUGACAACAGUGACAACAACAACAACAGUGACAACAGUGAUAACAACGACAACAGUGACAACAGUGACAACAGUGACAACAGUGACAACAACGACAACAGUGACAACAGUGACAACAGUGACAACAACGACAACAGUGACAACAGUGACAACAACGACAAUAGUGACAACAACGACAACAGUGACAACAACGACUACAGUGACAACAGUGACAACAGUGACAACAGUGACAACAGAGACAACAACGACAACAGUGACAACAGUGACAACAACGACAACAGUGACAACAGUGACAACAGUGACAACAGUGAUAACAGCGACAACAGUGACAACAACGACAACAGUGACAACAGUGAUAAAGUGACAAGAGUGAUAAAGUGA